GGCAUUCCGCUCGCCCACGUUCGAGGGGCGCCGGUAUCGCUUCAGCCUCAUGGCGACCAGCCUCAAGCGUGUCCCGUCGACGCUCGUCGCCCUCCCGUUCGAAGGCGUCGCGAGGACUGUGCCCGUCGUGACGGUCGCCGGCAUGGUCAGCACGGUGCUCCUGAGCCUGCUACUCCCAGGCCGCGCCCCCCUCCAAGGAGCCGGACUUGGCCGCAUUCGCGUGCUGCUUCUCGCGCAGGACGCGACUCGCUCCGCCGGCGACGGCCCGCUUCCACGCCACGACCUGUUCGGGCUCUCGCCGCGCGAGUGGGCGCACCAAGUGCCGCGCGACGUCACCAAGGACGAGUACAUCGCGUGCGCCGAGCGCCUGCACGAGGCGUCGAGGACGGACGGGUACAAGGCGCUCGCUGCGGAGAUGGCGAAGAGGGAGCACGACUCGGGCCAGCUCGAGCGGCUCGUGCGCGAGUGGACGAUCGGGCUCAAGCUGCUCGCGGCACUCUUUGCGGAACCGUGGGGGUCCUUUUCCGGGGUCGUGCAGAACCCGCACACGGUCCGCAACCGCCACUCAUACCCGCUCAUCCGCCGACCGAGCGUGUGACGCAGCUCGACCUCCUUCCUCUCCUUGCCGUACUUUCCCCCUCGCCCGUGCAACUCUGCUCCCUCAGUGCUCCUC